AUGAGCGAUCUUGUUAUUCAUCAGAAGGAUCUUCCCGACAUUUCAAAGUCGAAAUGGGAUCAGAACACGUAUUGGGGUGAGCGAAAAAUGAUUGUGCUCCACACCUUGCUCGGCUCUCUAUGAACAUUUCAGGUCGAGCCAAGCACUUUUUCGCGUCCACCAACCCGGUGAACCUGUUCGUCUCGUCGGCCACACAGGAAAAGUGCCGUCAGAUUGUGUCGGACUACAAGAAGGGCGUGAUCAGUGCCGAGUUGACGGUCGAUCAGCUGUGGGACGCCAAGAUCCUCUACGACUCGAUGUAUCAUCCGGAUACCGGCGAGAAGAUGUUCUUUUUGGGCAGGAUGAGUGCGCAGGUCAGGCGUAGAAGAACUGGUAGACGCUUCUGGGUCUCGAAACGUCUCCAAACAUUUACAGGUCCCCGCGAACAUGGUGAUCACCGGGCUGCUGCUCAGCUGCUACCGUUCGUGUCCCGGCGUCAUCUUCUCGCACUGGAUCAAUCAAUCGUUCAACGCCAUCGUCAACUACACGAAUCGAAGCGGCAACAGCAAGACGACGAACGAGCAGCUCUUCUACUCGUAUUGUUGUGCGACGGGUGGAGCCACCGCCGCCGCGUUGAGUUUGAAUAUGAUGGUGAAGAAUCGGCAAGGACUGGCCGCCCGAUUGGUGCCGUUCGCCGCCGUCGCUCUCGCCAACGCCAUCAACAUUCCGAUGGUCAGAGCCAAGUGAGUGAGAGAGCGCUCUUUGUCUCUUUUGUCACUCCUCCUCUUUCAGUGAGCUCUACGAGGGCAUCGAACUGUGCGACGAGAACGAUCAACUGAUCGCAAAGUCGCGUCAACUGGCGGUUCUCUCCAUCGCCCAGGUGACUCUCAGUCGGAUCGCCAUGGCCAUGCCUGACAUGAGUAAGUGCAGACAGUAACGCCUUUUCCUAAAAAAAAAACGGGAUCAUUUACAGUCCUGAGCCCGGUGAUCAUGAACAGAUUCACGCGUACCACCUACUACAAAACGCGUCCGUUCCUCCAGAAGUACUCGGAAAUGCCGAUCCAGACUGCGUUGGCCGGCAUCGGACUCGCGCUCACCACGCCUCUCGGAUGCGCUCUUUUUCCGCAGAGAAGUGCGAUCGAGGUGUCGAAACUGGAAGCGUCGGUGCAGACGGCGAUUGCGGGCGCUCCGAAAGUGUUGUACUACAACAAGGGAUUGUGA